GACGUCAUAUUCUUGCGCCCCCGUGUCAACCAAAGAUUACAAGCAAACAGCAAUGGCGCCUCCAGAUAGUUCUAAAACUAACGAUAAUUCUCAGUUUACAGUGGCUUCGAAGGUACUGCAAUAUGAAAGGUUUAUUGACGAAGUACUGAAGAAAGAUUUACAAAAAGUGAUGGAGCAACGCGAUACUGUUUAUGAGCAAGCCUCUCAUUACCUGCAGCUGAAAAACACCUUAAAGGCUCUUCAGGAAACGGAUUCUCACCACCUCAAAGCAGAUGUUGACCUUGGCUGUAACUUCUAUGUUCAGGCUGAAGUGGAGGACUCAUCCAAGAUCUUUGUGUUGGUGGGCUUUGGCUUCUUCUUGGAGAUGGACCACACUGAAGCUCUGCACUUCAUCGACAAGAAGACAAGUCAACUAACAGCCUUUACAGAUCAGCUGACCAAAGACAGUGCCACAAUUAAAGCAAACAUCCGGAUGGUGCUGGAGGGUCUGCGAGAACUUCAAGGUUUGACGGAGCUUCCAGAAUGCCGCAGAAGAGAAGUCUUCUAGAUUUUUACCGUCUUUGGACGCCUCGUGAGGAGUGACGAAGUCCAGUAGCACCCAAUAAGUGGGAUCAACCUGAACAUUUUGUGGUUCUUCUUCUGUGGUGACUAGACUUUUUGAAUUCUCAUAUGGACAAGUGCCAGCAAUGAGAUGUCAUGCUAUGUCCACAUCUGGAUGUAUUGAGUGCAAUUUGAUGAAAAAGAUGCUGCUCUAGCAUCCUAACAGGACCGUUGCCAUGGUGACAUGAUGCUAAAUUAAUGCUGGGUAGUCAAGGACUGGAGAAGCAAACAUUCUUUGACAUUAUGUUAAAUAGAUUAUUUUUUAUAUAAUUUCCUCCAAAUGUAAAUAAAUGACAAAAAGU